AUGCAUCUAAGCAAUAAUGAAAAAGAUGAAUCAAAUCUUCUAAAUCCAUCAGCAACGCCAUCAUUAACAUCAUCAUUAUCAACAUUGAAGAACACUUUUAUACUUUUUAGACAUGGUCAAUCCAAAGCUAAUGUUUCAAAGAUUGUGGUUGCAUCGUUAAAGAAUGAUACUAAAUCUAACGAUGACGAGAACGAUUGGGGUCUUACAGUUUUGGGUAAAAAACAAGUUGAAAAUAUUUAUACUUCACCAUUUUCUCGUACAAUUGAAACUGCUAAAAUUAUACAUGAUCAUAUUUCAAAUCAUCUAACAAAUCUCGAACCACGCAUUCCAACUAAAUCGAACAACGAAAAUACCUCAUCGUCAUUUUUGUUAUCACUUGAUCCCAUUGUCACUGUUCAUCAACAACUUUGUGAAAGAAAUUUCGGAAUAUUCGAGUUGAAAUCAGAUCAUGAAUCUUAUCAUAAAGUAUGGAGCAUUGAUGAAAAUAUCAAUAGCAUCAGUAAUAAUAAUGACAACGAUGAAGAAUAUAAACGAUUAGGUGUAGAGACUUGUUGGGAAGUUAGGAGACUUAGUCAUGGAGAUUCUUUACAAAUUCUACAAACUGCUUUUGAAAAUGUUGAUCCUAACAAUCAUAGAAAAUUAAAUUAUUUAGGAACUGCCGAAUGGAGAAUCUUUAAUAAUAAAAUGAUUAAUAUAUAA